AUGUGGUGGGGGGGUAUUGUGGUGUGGGGUUUGUGGGUCUUAGGAGGGGUGUUGGUGGUGUGGUGGGGUGUUGUGUUGAUGGGGGGUCUGGGUGGGGGUGGUGGGGGGUUGUGUUGGUUGGUUUGUGGGUGGGUAGUGUGUGGGGUGUUGUUUGUCGGUGGGGGUGGGGGUUUGUGUUUGGAGUUGUUGUUGGUGAGGGGGUUUUGUGGUUGGUUGGGGGGUAGAUGUUCGGGGGCUGGGGGAGGGGGUGGUGUGGUGGUGGCAGUGGGUGGUGGGUGUUGGUUGUGUUGUGGGGGGGGGUGGGGUGGUGGGUUAGGGAGUGGUUGGGUUGAUGGGGGGGUGGGGGGGGGAGGGGGGUGUGAGUUGGGUGGGGGGUGUGGUGUGUGGGUUGGGGUGGUGGGGGUGGAUGGGUUGGUUAGGGGGGUUUGCGGGGGGUUGGUGCUGUGGGUGAUUGGGUGGGGGGUGAGGGGGGAUAGGAUGGGGUUGGGUGAGGUGGUGAGGGGGGGGGGGGGUGGGGGUGGUGGGGUGGAUGGGGGGGGGGUUGGGAUAGUAGGGUGGGGGGGGGAGUGGAAUGGUGGGGGUGGGGGUGGUGUUGGGGGGGGGAGUGUUGGGGUGUGGGGGGGGGUGUUGGGGUGUGGGUUGGGGGGGGAAGUGGGUGGAGGGGGGGGUGGGGUGGUGGGGGUGUGUGUGGGGUGGGCGCGCAGUAUAACAUAUAGCCUAUAUAUAUAUGUGGGGGGGGGUGGGGGUGUGGGGGGGGGGGGGGGUGUUUGGGGGGUGGUUGAGCGUGUGUGGUGUGGGAUGUGGGGGUUUGGGGGGGGGUGUGGGUGGGGUGGGGGGGGGUUGGGUGUGAGGAUGGUUGGGGGUGAUUGUGGGGGGGGGGGGGGUGGUGUUUUGGGGGGGGGGUUGGGUUUGGGUGGGGAGGGGAGGGGGUGGGGGGGGGGUGUGGUGGGGUGGGGGGGGGGGUGGGGGGUUGGGGGGGGGGGGGGUGGGGGGGGUGUGGGGGGGGGGGGGGGGUGUGUGGGUGGUGGGGGUGGGGGGCUUGGGGUGGGGGGUGGAUGGAGGGGGGGGGGGGGAGGGGGAGGGGGGGGGGGGGGGGGGGGGGGGGGGGGUGAGUGA